UGCCUGUCAAAACGCCUCUACGAGGCUCGAAGCAGUUCGCAAAUCAUUCCUAUUUCUAUCUUUGUGUCGAGCACAUGUUCCAAACAGAAAAAAGCUGCCUUUAAUCAAUAUCAAUCGAUUCUUUGAUAAUGUCCAAGUUCAAUGUUCGGCUGAUCUUCUGGUGUGCCGCGAUGAUGAUGCAGCCUUGGAUGAGCCAGAGCCAUGCCCUGUCGCUGCUGAAUGAUACCCUAAUGCCGCUUUCGGGUCACCACAAGGGCCGCCACGCUUCAUCUGCUCCCGUUGACACCACUACUCUGGCGCCGCCCUUUGAGGUCUAUAACAAAAUGGUCUUGCCCAAAAUGGACUUAGAACUGUUGUCCCCCACUAUGAUGGAUGAUAGCGUGCAACAGGAACUCGACUAUCAACCGCAAAUGGUGCCCCAGCCUAUGGCCGAAGAUUUCCUCUUGAACGAGCCCGAAAACGAUCCGCACGGCGGUCACACUAUGACCUCGUCCAAGUACCGUUGCAUGCACACGUCUUCACCGGUUCUACCGCCGAUAUCCAUGUUGCAAAAUCUGUUGCAGCCCAGCCCAAUGAUGGAGACGGCCACUAAGAUGCACCACAUCCCCAUUACACCACCACUGUUUGAGUUACUCAAUGACGUCGAGGAAAUGACGCUGCAGAAUAUUACCAAUGUUAUCGACCUUCUGCUGGCGAAUCGUUUGGUGCUCGCGAGUGGUACCCAACUGGAUAACAAGGACAAGAAGAUCACGCCGAAGGAUGACGAUGUCUCUAAGAAUGACGAGCUCAAGAAGGAAGCUGCUGAAGGCGCACCCACUCACGAUAAGGACGAAAUCGUUCUCGUGUGUCCCGUAUACCAUGAGCACCAUGCCAAUCACAAUGGCAAAAUAGUUGACGAUAACUUUAUCCUUGUUGACCAGUGCCACGUUGUAUAGGUCUGUAGUUCGAGGUAGACAUAGUAUAGCGGUAGAAUAUUAGGUGUAUAGGUAGCUAAUAUCUGAAUUUGUGCUUUGGCGUCACUCAAAAUUGUUAGGUUUUUUUAGCAUUUAGUUGUUUCUAUUUCGGGUUUUUUUGUUUAGUUUAGUCAGGGAAUUGCAUCAGUGUCAAAAUAUUUUUGUCGAUUUGUGUCAAAUGUUAUUUAAUUGCGUUUAGGAAAUUGUUUAUAUUCGAGAUUAUUGGAAGUCAGCGAGGUAACCAGAUUCCUUAGCAUUUAUAGAAAGAAGAAAAUAAAAAACAGAUACUCUUCAUUUAAUUGAUUUA